CAGUGUCCGGAGCGGGCUGGGGGGAGAGAGGCAGAGAGCAGGGUUCGGUGCCUUUUCCUCUGUCCCCAGCCGGUGCCCGGAACCCCCCUCCCCUUCCUCCCCACCCCCUCCCCUCCCCGACCCUGCCCUCCCCCUUGUCCCGGGAUCGCUCCGUCGCACCCACCAUGAUGGAAGACGACGGGCAGCCCCGGACUCUACACACACAAGCUAAGACAUAUGGUUCUAUCAUCAGAAAACAAUAUGGUGUUUAUAGCCUAGAUACGUAGGUAACCUCUCCAGAGAUGUGACAGAAGUUCUUAUUCUUCAGUUAUUCAGUCAGAUUGGACCCUGUAAAAGCUGUAAAAUGAUAACAGAGCAACCCGAUAGCAGAAGGGUCAACUCUUCUGUUGGAUUUUCUGUUUUGCAGCAUACAAGCAAUGACCCAUAUUGCUUUGUGGAAUUUUAUGAACACAGAGAUGCAGCUGCUGCAUUAGCUGCUAUGAAUGGGAGAAAAAUUUUGGGAAAGGAGGUCAAAGUAAACUGGGCAACAACACCAAGUAGCCAGAAAAAAGAUACUUCCAAUCAUUUCCACGUGUUUGUUGGGGAUUUGAGUCCAGAAAUUACAACAGAAGAUAUCAAAUCAGCAUUUGCCCCCUUUGGUAAAAUAUCGGAUGCCCGAGUAGUUAAAGAUAUGGCAACUGGAAAAUCCAAAGGCUAUGGCUUUGUAUCUUUUUAUAAUAAACUGGAUGCAGAAAAUGCAAUUGUGCAUAUGGGAGGUCAGUGGUUGGGUGGUCGUCAAAUCAGAACCAAUUGGGCCACACGUAAACCACCUGCACCUAAAAGUACACAAGAAAAUAACACUAAGCAGUUGAGGUUUGAAGAUGUAGUAAACCAGUCAAGUCCAAAAAAUUGUACUGUGUACUGUGGAGGAAUUGCUUCCGGGUUAACAGAUCAGCUUAUGAGACAGACAUUCUCACCAUUUGGGCAAAUUAUGGAAAUCAGAGUUUUUCCGGAGAAGGGCUAUUCAUUUGUCAGAUUUUCUACCCAUGAAAGUGCGGCCCAUGCCAUUGUUUCGGUGAAUGGUACUACAAUUGAAGGACAUGUUGUUAAAUGCUAUUGGGGUAAAGAAUCUCCUGAUAUGACUAAAAACUUCCAACAGGUCGACUAUAGUCAGUGGGGCCAGUGGAGCCAAGUUUAUGGAAACCCACAGCAGUAUGGACAGUAUAUGGCAAAUGGGUGGCAAGUACCGCCUUAUGGAGUAUAUGGCCAACCAUGGAAUCAGCAAGGAUUUGGAGUAGAUCAAUCACCUUCAGCUGCUUGGAUGGGUGGAUUUGGUGCUCAGCCUCCCCAAGGACAAGCCCCUCCCCCUGUAAUACCUCCUCCCAACCAGGCUGGAUAUGGCAUGGCCAGUUACCAAACACAGUGAGCUGGGACUCUAAACAAAAUGUAAUUCAUGAUAGCUUCAAUUUCCUUGUGACACUCUGAAGACAUGAAAGUAGACAUCGGAAAAUGAAAAUAUUUAUUUUAAAAAUUGAAAUGUUUGGAACCUUUAGCACAGCUUUGCUUUGGUGAAGGACACAUGUCUUCUAGUUCUGCCUUUUUAAGUUUUUGUUCAUGAUGGAUAUGAACAUGAUUUUUCUUUGUGUACAAAAACUAAAAUAAAGUCAAUUAAGACAAUUCUGACUACAAAUUUUGAUAUAAUAGGAGAAAUGGGUAAUACAUUUUGAUUCUUAGAUACUAUUCCAUUUUUAUCUUGCUGUUCAGUAUUUUAACUCACUGUGUUUUUAAAAGAGCAAAAAAGGGAGGAUCAUGAAAAACUGGGAAUCACAUAUAAGUUCAUCCUGAACCUUGAUACUCCACUCCCCUCCCCUCCCCCAAGGUGGACCACAUUCGAAGUCAGCAGAAAAAAACGUGUGAUAUUGAGAAGAAAUGCAUGAUUUUGGAGUCGCUUUGGAGGAAAUACUUUUUCUGUGCCUAAAGAAACAGAAGCCAGACUGAUAAAAGAAAUUUUGCAACCUAAAUAAGGAACAGCAUUGUCUGACUUAUUUGAGCAAGUAAAUGUUGGUGGUCCAUAUUAAGACAUAUUUUUAAAACUUUAAAAAGUGUUCAUUAUUAAAACUGUAGUAAAUUACAUUUCAUUUUGGGGGAAAAAUUCAAAGUAUGGUGUUUGUAUUAAAGUCAGACAGUCAUAUACUUAUGCUUUUACAUGAAGUUUAAAUGAUAUACAUUGUAAAUAUUGAAUACAGUGUUUAAAAAGCAUGCUUCAACAUAGAAGUAGCAGCAGUGUAAUUAUUUGAAGUAACACUUAACACACUCCACUGCAUUGAAUGCAAUGGGUGAAUAAGAAUGUUUAAGACUGACUUUUCCAAGGUUGGCUACUAUGUAAAAUUAAAAUUAUACAAAUUACUAUACAGAAAAAGCCUUAAUUUUAAUUUCAUACAGAUCUUUGAUGCAUUAGUACAUUUUAAAAUGUCAUUGGAAGUUAGAUUUUUUUUUUCUUUCUUUGCUUUACAUCAUUUGGUAUGUAAAUACCUUGAUUAAAACCUUGUAAACCUAUUUCAAGGUUCCUAUAAGUUGUAUAGUACAAGUGUUUUUAAAAAAAUCUUGGGGUGUUUUUUAAAAUUAGAUAUAUUUUGCCUGAGAAUUUUUUUAACAAGAUUGCUAAAACAUCUUAUUUAGGCAGUUUGAUGUACCAGUUUAUAAUUGGAUAUUCAGCUUAGAUAGUACAGAGAGUUGUGACUUUUAUUUUAAUUAAUUUUUUCCUUGUGGGUAGUGUGCAUGGGAUGGCAAGCCUGAACAGAGGCUGAGUUGUAUGAGUGCAGAGUCUGUAAAUGAAUCGAUUGGGUAAGAUUGACAUUUGCUUCUGAGCUAUUUUUCAGGCCAUGUGCAUAAAAUCUGCCUCAAAUUUCUAUCAUAACAGGAAGGUAAAAGACAAAAAUCCUAUGUAUUUGAAUUCUGACAGCUAGGGGGUGCAAAUGUUUAGGCAGUAUAUUUGAAACGUUUUGAAGUCUGGGCACCAAAAUGAUAAAACUCUCUACAGUUAAAUAAUAAGAUGCAGCUAGUACCCACAAAUUACUAUUUUUUAAACUUUUGAAGUCUUACAAUUAGCUUUAAAAUAAUGAUGGUUUUAUAAAUUGGUCUCCACAGUAAUUUUGGUAUUUUCCUUUUUCCCCCAUGUAGAAAUGUGUUAAACAUGAAAAUUUACAGGGUCUGAAGUUGUUCGUCUUCGGGCCAAAUUUUUUAUGGCACUUUAGUUUUAACCACAGUACUCAUCUAUUACAUUCUUCUAUUAUAAAAUUUACCCUUAUAUCUUUUGUUCAUGGUUAGUAUCUUUGGGGGAUGUUAUGGAAAAGUUACUUUAUAUUUUAUAAGGAGAACACUCAAAUUAUAUCAAUUAUGCCUCUUAGUUAAAAAUUUCUUAAAUAUGUGUGAAACUUGAACUAAAGAUUUUCUUUUAUAUAUCGAUAAAAGCCUAUUAAACUCUCAGUUUACCUUUUUUGAUCUGCCAGUAAAUUAAGUAGCUUAUUACAAUACCAGCUAAAUAUAGCUUCAGUGUUUCCUGGUUGUAUGUUCUAUGAUUUAAUAAAAUGAUCCAGACUAGUUAUAUUGCAUAGUAAACAUAUGACUGAAGUGUCCUUCAUCUUAUCUGAAAGAAGAAAAUUACAUGCUCAGUUCAGUUAAUGAAAGUUACUUCAUAUUAAAUGGUUUUUAAAAUACAAAGCUACUUAUCCAAAUGAAAUGCACCAUUUUAAAAUAUAACUGUCAAGCUAACACAGACUCAAGACUGUUUUAUAACACAAAGUGAAGUCAGUGCUGCCUUGAUCCAAUUUAAGCCUGAGAAUCAUUGCAUUUUCCAUGUUCAUUAAAAACAGCAGCAGAGAUUCUUUGGCAUGCAAGAAAAUGUUUAUUUCGUAAUCACUUUGAGAUUUAUUUUGGUGAUGUGUGUCUGACUGCCAUCUUCUUUGCUCUAAUCUCUCUACUAGUAUUUCCCCCCAUGCCAUUACCACUUGAUUUUUUAUGUCUGCUGGCAGUGAGAGGCUAAAAUGACUGGUCAACUUAAGCCAAAGCUGUAAACAAACCACAGUUGAAGUAAGUCUUUCAAUAAAGACUAGACUGUAUGAUAA